AUGGCGUGGACCAGGAUACAAGCUUGGUGUGAACAAGUUUCUGACUUUUCUGAUGACAAAUUUCGCUCUAUGCAUCACGGUAACAUGAGACCAUCCUCUAAGUUGAUGUCUGCUUCCAGCUCCGGAUUUUCUUUCAGAUAUAUGAAUGUAACUGCUGUGCCAGCUACAAUAGAUUGGCGAAAGGCGGGUGUUGUGACCCCUGUCAAAGAUCAAGGCUCAUGUGCAGUAGCAGCAACAGAAGGAAUUAAAAAACUCAAAACGGGUAAGCUAAUGUCAUUAUCAGAACAAGAGCUUGUGGACCGUGAUAUUACAAGAGAGUAUGGAGGUUGUGAUGGUGGUGACAUGGACAACGCUUUUCGAUAUAUCAUAAGAGACAAAGGACUCACAACUGAAGCUAAUUAUUCCUACAUGUCAUCACUUUUUGAUAUAUCAUAA